AUGCCAUCUCCAGCGAAUCCUCACCGGUCCUCUGUCCGCCUGGACAGCGCCAAGUCGACUCCUACGAAGAAUAAGCCUUUGGAUCUCGGUCCGCAGCUGGGUCCCUACGAUACAAACUCGGUUCGAGCAAAGAUCCGCAAAUGGCAGCAGCAAGGUGGUGGGGUCAUCACAGCUAAUGAUCCCUGUUGCGACGACGAAGACGAAACUCCGACAAAACCUAAGUCGAAUCCCGGGAAGGAGAAUGUCGGUAGCAAGGGCAGUAGCAGUCGCGGUACUCCUGGCUCUGGAGUGAGACCACGCAGCAGCAGCACGCCUCGAAAGCGCGUUAUAAGCGAUGAGCACUGGAGGAUAAAUCGUAGCACUGCGAAGACUACCACGCCCAAGCGACCGCCCCCUAAGAAGAUAUCAGUUUACACGAGUAACGAGGAACUGCUGGCUCGGCAGGGAGGAACGAAAAAGGACGUCAAAAGGGAUGAUAAAACGAAGCCAUCCCCAUCUCCUCGAAGUGCUGGGAAAUUUGGAGCUAGUCAUGUCUCUCCAUUAUCCAACAGAGAGCAGAGAAAAGUGAGAUCCCCACGCAACGUUGAUAAUGAGAAGGGCACAUCACACAGUAAAACAUCGUCUUCUGCCUCACGUUCAUUGGAUGCAGACGUCCAUCAGAUGAACGAAGAGCUCGAGUCAUCAGAGACAAAGAUGAGACGGACUACGCCGCCACCAGAAGUCGAAUGGGAGGCAAGCGAAGCUGACUUUUCCGAACUGUCGAGGAGACGUGCGCGAGGGGUUCCCUAUAAACAGCGUGGCCCUGUAAAACCUCCAAAAGGGGGCAUCUUUGCGCACGUACUUGACGAGUCGAGGAAGGUGUUCGUGAAGCCAGAACCGCCAAAGCCACCAAAGCCUGUCGCUACCCCCUACCGUCCCGCCAAAAUUGAGGCAUGGCUGUCCGACACUCUCGACCCAUUUGCAGAAGAUGUUGAACCAUCUGUCGAGGUUCCUGCACCCUUGAACCCGAAACCAACCAAAUCAAGGCAGUCAUCUAGGCGAAACACGGUCCAUGAAGUUAUUGACUCAAACUCUCGCUCAGAUGACGAUUCCAGGGGGAAAGGCAGUCACACCCGGCGUAUGAGUGACAAGGGGAAUUCACCCAUUACCAAGAGUGAGCACUCGUCGGACGAAAAGAGAGAAUCAAGGGAGCGGGCAAAGAAGUCCCCUUCGCCGCCCAGCGUGAAAAGAUCGGAUACCGGCAAAAGCAAUAAUCAAUCCAACGAAGUGAAGGAAAAUGCCGUCGCAUCGCAGGAGGCUAAUCCUGAGUCUUCUGAUACGGAAAAUAUACUCUCAGAUGGGUCUGAAGUAUCUGGAACCAACCCGCCUGUUCCACUUGGUCUGAAACGACCCUUUCCCAGUACGGGGGUUCACCGACUCUCAACCAUAGUCUCAGUCGAGACGCUGAGUUCUCUGGACCGCGAGCCGCCACAAGUGCCCCAGUCAGAUGGACCAUCAGAACGGCGUGAGCCGGCUACCAUUAAUCAACCUGCGGGUGAAGAUGCGGAGGAAAGAGAUCAGUUCGACACCGAUUCUCUCCCUGGGGUUCCUUCAAAAUUGAAGAGACGACUUACAACCCAUGAAGACCUCAUGACAGUACUGUCUGCUCCAAGAAGUCAAACCAGGAGUAUUCGAUCUGCCAGAAGCGUUAGAACAAACAAAAGCCGCUUGACUGCAACAAACGUCGGUGACUUACUACAAGAACUAUCUACAGAUGAAGCAAAAUACAUGCGUGAACUAAAGACCUUGGUUGGAGGAGUCAUUCCAGUGCUCUUGACCUGCGUACUUUCCAAAUCCGACUCAGCAAUUGCAGCUGGUCUCUUCAGACCGUCUAUGGACCCCAAGGAUGAUGUCAAUUUUACCAAACCGAUAGUCGAUAUGGGCGUUACCCUGGAGCGACUGAAGGCGUUGCAUAAACGGAUUCCACAAGACAAUGUGGAGUCACUCCUUCAUUGGGCUCAAGGAGCCCAAAGGGUCUAUCGGGAAUACCUCAGAGCCUGGAGGCUCGGGUUUAGGGACGUGAUAGUGAAUCUGGCUCCGCAAGAAGAAGGCAAGGAUUCGAGUAACUCAGACACAAAAAGUUUAGAUGAAGGCAUGGCGCGGGAUGAGAAUGGCGACGUAGUGGGUAGCGAUGGUGAGAAGGUCGAUGUCGCGUACCUCCUCAAGCGACCACUUGUACGACUGAAAUAUCUCGCAAAGACACUCAAAGGAAUUAGCAUACUUCAGCCAUCCCCGAAGGCCGAAGAAAUAGCCGUUGCCUACCAGGAUAUCGUUACAGAAGCUCGCCGACGCGCGCGAGAAGAACGGGCCAGGCUUGAGGAUGAAUCGGCCGCCAGCGUCGAUGCAACGCGUGCUCGCGAUCCAAUGACCAUGGGCGUGAUGACGGACGUGAUUGUAGACAGAACUCGACGCGUCCGGGCGCGAGAUUUCUUCAACUUGUCACUGUACCACUCGACGGGGCAGGUGGUUGAUUGUCGUGCAGAGCUCCUCCUAAGAGACAACCUUCCGGAAAACGGCCCCGGGGGUGACCUUCUCAUUUGCGAGAUCGAUCACAUGGACCGCUGGUUGCUGUUUCCCCCGAUCGAACUGGGAUGCGUCAGCGCUCGGCAUGGUGACACUAGAGGUGAACUUGUCGUGAUGUUGCGCAGUGCUCCCGGGCAGGAGACAAACUGGCAAGAAUUGCUGUCCCUUCAGAUCGACGAGGAAGGCAUUGCGCAUGAAUGGGCCCAGAUGUUGCCGGCAGACCCCGUUCCUCCAGCGAUCUGUAGAUCCCCCAGUUUCAUCGAUCGAGCCAAGCAGCGGCAGCGUGCGCAAUCGACCUCGAAGGAUGGAAUCCUGAGCCAGAAAACCCCAGCCAGUACCAGUGAUGUUGAUAUCCCAAUGGGCGAGAAGAAAACCGUACUCGGCUCUGCGGGAGAUUCACUGGCCCCGGAUGCACAAGCUUCUGAGCCAAGCAGUGUUGUUGGCUGCUCGUUGGCGACAGAGUCGAAGACUUCUUCGUUGCACACUGCAAUUACCCGAGACUCAGACUAUACACAAGGUAUCUUGGAAACUCCGAUCAAGCUUUCUGGUCCGCCUCUUCCCUCUGUGAUGUCAUCUCAAUCUCCCAGUGAUGGGAAGACACCGACUCUUAAGAGGACCAAGGCGAAGAGGAUUUCGCGUCUCGGAGAACCCUCGCCACAGGCAAACGCCGCACAGAAUCAUGCUAGUCCUGAUACACCGGACGCUGAGAACGCCUCCCCCACCACUGGCGGCAGAUUUUACAAUGAGGCGAAACACCAUGAAUGGACUAGUACUCCUGCGCCGAGCAAGCCUCCUAAAGAACAGCAGCAUGUUGGUGCGAUGCCGGUUGCGAGUGACCCUUACAACAGACGUCCUCCGCGUGUGUCAUGCGUUCCGUCGAUGGAACUGCCUAAUAUCCCAAAGCUAAGGACUGGGGGUAGCCCAUCCCCCUCGCUUGGGUCUCCCAGCGAUGUGUCAGAUGAAGAUGAUGAGUUCCUGGACGACCCAGGUAAUCCACUCGAUGCAGGAGAGGCUCCUGCUCCACCUCCUCAUCGUACCCCGAGUUCUGCAAACCGUGGUUACUUGGAUGUUCCCACUAUCAGCUCAAGUGGUGGACGACUUAAGCGGCAUGGCUCAUCUCCCCUCAAACACGAAUAUGAACCGUCAACGGCUUCCGACUCCUAUUGUUCCGAUACAUCAACUGUGCGACACUACGGUCUUGAUGAUUCUUCUUCAUUCUCAUCCAGCUAUUAUACAGAGACCGAUUCCGAAUAUGAAACCGGCUCCGACUCUGAUGAUGACGCCCGAUCGCCGGUUGACACUCGUGGUGCUUCCAAACCAAAACCAGAGUUGGAAAAUUCUUCUAUUCUCCCAUCCGUCUCCAGCAGCAGUCUCACGCCCACAAAGUCCGAGUCCCAAGCCGCCUAUAGGGCCGUUCCUACCCAGCCCUCAAAAGCGUCGAGGGCUCUUGCUUCGGUCUUUGCGUGGUCCGAUACGGGCUCUUGGUCUAGUCUAUCCCCUGAAGAAUGUAUCAUCAUUAUCAGCCCUGGGCUCAUUGAAGUCUUCGAGGCGAACGAUAGUGCACUCCCAUCUGACAAAGAUGGUACAGGCUCCAACAGAGGGCAGCCACUUGUCGCUCUGGAAUUGACACCACUCGUUCCCAUGCGGCGUGGAACGGCUAUCGACAUCAGUGUUCGCUCCCCUCCUACUCAACGAUCCAAGAUAACUUCAAGUAACAACAUCAUGUUUCGGUCACGUAACACGGAAGAGUGUGACGCCUUGUACAGUCUAAUCAACCAGGCGCGCAUCAGCAAUCCUACAUACAUCGCCCUUCAGAAUGCUCGAGGACCUUUCGCUGACCAGCCUUCGACUUUCGACUCCUCGGACAAUAAAACAGGAGGACUGUUUGGCUGGCCACGACGCAGGAAGAGCUACCGUGCUUCUCCCAAUGCUCCUCGGUCGUCCGCCGAUGUAUCCGAAAGCAGCGUUGGAACCAUGAGCAGUGCCUUCUCCGCGUUGAAGCGGUUCGGUGCCGGAAGCAAGAUGUUUAGUAUUGCGCGAUCAUCAGUUACGUCCAAGACUGGUGACAAAGGAGAAAGCUCUUAUUCAAGUUCUUCUCCGACAUCCGGCAUUGGAAGGAUAGCAGCUGCCAUCCGAGGCGCAGACGGAAUUGGUCUCUCCAAUGCCAAAAUCCGACUCUAUGCCCGCGAGAGCAAUGCUAAAUGGCGCGAUAUGGGAGCAGCCAGAUUGACAAUUAUGCCGGCAUCGUCAUCCUCUGAUUCUCGUCAUGGAGAUAUAUCUUUUGGUAGGAACACCCACUCGGCUGACGGCCCUGAUUCUGGGUCUCCAUCUGGAUCCGGUGCCUCUUCACCCCGCCCCGAAUCCGAAUCCACCAAGCGUAUCCUCAUCCGUGGCAAAACGCGCGGCGAAGUUCUCCUCGACGUCUGUCUGGGUGAGAGUUCCUUUGAACGGGUCGCGAGAACCGGUAUCGCCGUUUCUGUCUGGGAAGAAAAUGAAGGCGGCGCCCCCGCUAAACAACAAGGUGGUGUGACCGUAGGCGCUUACAAGAUCUAUAUGAUCCAGAUGAAGAGUGAAGCCGAGGCAGCAUAUACCUUUGGCCUUGUGGGUAAGCUCAGGUAUUAA